ACGAUUUAAAUUAGCUGUGUAAAUAUAUUUAUGCUACAGUUCACUGAGGUAACGUGCUUUUAAAGUGUACGUAAGCCUGUUUACGGGUAUCUGUGUAUUUUAAGCCUGAGCAGGCCAAAUUUAGCACUGACAAUUAAAGCACAGCUCUCCCAGGCUAAAUCCAGAGCUAUUAAAACUCCCAAUUUUCUUGCAUCGUAAGCUUUUGUGUCAAUUGAAUGGCAAUAGUUGCAAUCGCUGCAAAUGCAUUAUUUUUAUGAAGGUUCUUUUGCUUGGAGAGCCUUGUGGUUUAUCUCUGUUGAUCUGUUUACCUCAGGGGCCAUAAACACUUGGAGUGCAUUCCUUCACCUCAAGUUGCAGACCUACUACAACUGCGUUGGAACACUUUCCUCAAAUGCCAGCAAUGAUGGUGUAGGCGAGAUUGAACUCUUGAAACAUGGCAGCCGUUCAUAGCUCUGCCUUGGUGGACCCAAACCUGGGGUCCGGCCCGAAUGACGAUGAAAUCUCAUUGUUGGAUGAGUCUGACUCUGGAAGUUUGCUCUCUGAUGACUCUGUUUUCCCUGAUUAUGAACGAGAGGAUGGGAAAAAGGCAACUGCCAACACACUAUAUGAGGCUUGUGUCCAAAAUGAUGCAGAAGCACUGAAGAGAGUGUUGGAACGUGGCAUGACCCAUGAUGAGGUCAUGGAAGUUGACAUUAAUGGCUGGAAUGGACUGAUGGUGGCUGCAUAUAAAGGCUUUCUUCCAAUUGUUUAUGAGCUGCACGGCUGUCCACAUCUGGACAUCAACCACCAAGAUAAUGAUGGCAACACUGCUCUAAUGAUCGCUGCUCAAGCUGGUCAUGUCUCCAUAUGUAACUACAUCAUGAAUUACUUCCCUGGAGCAGAGACAGAGAUCAGAGACAACAGAGGAUUCACUGCCCUCAUUAAAGCUGCCAUACAGGGCAGGACUGAUGUGGUGGCAGCUCUUAUAAUGCACGGUGCUGAUGUAAAUGCCGUAGACACCAACCGUGGUAAAUGUGCACGUGACUGGGCGCUGAAAACAGGUCGCUUUGAAACACUGACACGUCUGCGCCACCUUGUACUCCAUCCCACAGCCGAACAGUUCUGUGACACCUACGUCCCAGAGUGGCCCAGCCUUAAGUUGCUGGUCAGAAAAGCAACAGCCCAAAAGAGUGCAGGCCAGAAGUUGACUCAUCAUCUCAAGAGUACGUUCAGUUUCAGUUUCCCACGUGACCCACAGGAAAAUGGUGUCAUGGAUCACAUGGUACGAAUGACCACCAGCCUACGCAGCCCACUCAUAGCCACGGCCACACGACCGCUUUGCCCAAGCAGCCCUCCACAGGUAGGUAAACGUCGGCUGGCUGUGGCUGAGCUGAUGCAGAAGCACUCAGAGAAAGAGCUGGAGGAGAGUUCGCUGUGCCAUCGAAAUAAUUCCGUCUCCUCCACUUCUCCAUCUCUCCACUCUGUCGAGUCCGUCUCUGUGUCCUGCUGUGCCGAUACAGAGAGGCGUGGAAGUGUGCUGUCCGGUAUGCGCACCUUCAUUCCUCGUAGCGUAGCGUCAAGACGCAACAGUGUUUUCCCCUCAGGCUGUGUCCCACAGAUCAAAGUCACAAAAUCCUCUGAGCCCACGCCAAAGAAACAGAAGAAGAAGAAAACACAAAAAGGUUACCUGGAGCCUCCAAAGUGGAAGUAUAAGGAGGCCAAGGAUGAGAAGAAGAAAGAGAAGAAAGCAUUGAAAGAAAAGGAAGAGAAAGAAAAGGAGAAGAAAAGCAAAGACAAGGAUAAAAGAAAAAAGAAAAAGAGCGAUGAUGACUAAGGUGGGAUUUCUGAACUCUUUUAAAGCUCUCAGUCUCAAUGAGGAUGUAGAUGCCCUCAGUGUAAUGGCGUGUGGAGCAAUGCUUGAUGGCGGAACCAGUGAUGCAAUGCAGUGAAGAACGCAAAAUAGCAAGUGCAUUUUGAAACCUCAGUGGUGCAGUCCUGUCUCACGAAAUCACUUCCUAUUGUUUUUGCCAGUUUAAAGGGGAAAUGUAUCUAUGAUCAUUUCGGUCAGUCUCAUAGGCUAAAGCAAACAGUUCAAGAUAUCUGAUUGGAUGACUUACAUGUAGGAUAAUUCCUAAAUGAAUUCUGCAUUGUGUCUUUAAACAAACACCAACAUAAUCAGAACUGAAUAUCUAAGUUCAUAUAUUGAGCAAAUAAAUUUAAAAAACAACAAAUUUACCAUAACUUCUCCAUAAAUAUAUAUUCAAAUGCUGUAGAUUCCAUAUUUGCAAAACUAUUGUAUCCCACAGCAGACAUGCAACCUCAAUUCAGCUGCUGAUAAAAUGAACAUUUAGAGUUUUUUUUUUUACAGCAACUUCUGAAUUGUUUUUGGCAGAGUAAACUCUUAACAAAAUGCUAUCAUGACUGACUUGAUCAUGUAUUAUGUUUGUAAAUAUGUAUGAUCCAUUGUAAGAUGCUGUAAAUAUGAUUUAAUAAACUAUGUAUCAUGUAGUACACACAAAAAAUUAGGCUUUUUCUCACACUCUCUUCCACCAGUGUAUCAUCUCUGACAGAACGUAGGGGACUAACGUGAGGCUGAACAGUCAGUAAUCUGCUCUCUCACAGUUACGCAAUACAGCCAUCCUGAGAGCAGCAGUAAAGCCAUGCAGGAUUAGAGAUCUAGCCGGGUCACUCAGGUCAAGCAGAGGCCUCUGGCUAAGUUUGGGAUCAUGAGCCAUGGCUUCUUAAGGACAUACUUUGGAAUCACUUUUGUAGUGAUGAGAUCUCUUUAUCAACAAUGGGAAGAGAAAUACUGUGCACAAAAGGACUAGAUUUGAACUAAGAUAUGAGCAGAAUGUGGGUAUGUGCAGAGGUAUACAGUUUAAAAGAAAUAAUAUUUAUAUAAAUAAAUAUUAUUUAUGUUUUUAUUCUAUGGACAGAGGUAUUGACAUAAAUUAUGGUUA